AUGACAAGAACAUUAACAAAUUUAUGUAUUUUUAUAUCAAUAUGUUUCUAUAUUCUUAUUAUGUUGAUUGUUAUUUAUGUGGUUGGUAAUAAACAACCAGCUCUUAUUAAAUUGAAUACAGCUCCUAUCAUAACAAAUCAAAGAGUUAAAUCAAAAUACGAAGAUAAAUUAUUUAAACUAUAUAACUUUAAUUAUUCUGAAGAAUGUGCAGUUCCAUUUAAAUAUAAACCCAACAAUCAAAGAGAUUUAUUGAUUUAUGGAGUAUAUUUUUCUAACAAAGGAAGUUGGCUUAACCAACGUCAAAUGACAUUACAAACACUUUCACUAAAUCAAAAUGGAAUUCCAAAUGCUAAAAAAAUUUUAUUGUUAUGUGGAGAACCUCCAGAAGUUAAUUUUGCUUCUUUAAUGAAAUCAAAAGGAGUAGAAGUUAUUACAGUAAAAGUUGAUUCAUUAUACAAUGGGGCAGUUCUUAGAUAUGUUGUAAUACAAAAAUAUCUUGAAGAAAAUAAAGAAAAAUAUGACAGAGUGUUUAUUGCAGACCUUAGAGAUGUCUUUUUCUUUGAAGAUGGAUUUGCUACCUUUUCAGAUAGUCAAUUAUAUUUAAGCAAUGAAUGUUCUAGAAAUAAUAAAGGUGAUAUAUCAUGCACUUCUCUGGCAAAUGAGCUAACAAAAAAAUGGAUGACACAAAGUAUUAAUAAAGAAGUUGCAGAAUUAUAUGCAGCAAAUAAAACUAAGAUUGUUAAUUCUGGAACAAUUUUUGGUGGAACUGAAAAGGUUCUUCGGUUACUUCAAAUUUAUACUUCUCAAUUUAAUUACCAAAGAGUUGAUAUAUGGGGAUAUGAUCAGUCAUUAUUAAAUUAUAUGUAUUAUACUGGUCAAUUUAACUCGUUAAAUAUUACAGUUGCUAAUUGUGAUCAAAUGUUUUGUUUUGAUAUGAGAAAUGGUUGUUAUUAUAAUAAACAAGAAAAAUCCUUAAUUGUACGAGGAACUAAAUGUUCACCGAUUAUUAGACAUAAGAUUGUAUCCCAAAAUCCAGAUCUUGUUCUUUUCUAG